UCAAACAACAUGACCAUGGACAGUAUACAGCUGCAGCCCGAUAACAGAAGCCCCUGCAUGACAAAGCUCCUGGCAUCACAGAAGUGACAUGAAUGACAAGGUGACACCUCUGUUGUGAAUUUUUGCGCAUGACACCAACGGCGUCCGCUGGAUAACAAUCAGGUUUAAAAUAAUAAUUAGAAUCAAAGUCAUCAAUAUCUAGGAGCUGAGGGUUUAUUUCAGGGGGGAAAGGCAAAGACACACGCCUGUCUACAACAGUGGAGUUGAGGAGGGGUGGGAACUGUUUUAAGUUGAAUUACAAUCAGCAUCAAAGAUUGCCUGGAUUAGACACCAUAUUCAUCUUGUUAAGAAAACCUAGCAACAGGUAAGCGGUCAAAAUUCCUCUGAUAUGUUUUUGUAUGAAGAUCACUGUACCAUCUCCCUCCAUUUCAGGCCGUUCUGCAAGACAAUGCAGCAUGCCUUUAAGAAAUCCCGUCAGCAGGGACUGUAGCUUGGUUUUUAUUAUCCCAACUUCCUUGUAUUGCUGUGCACAGACCAUUGUUGAAGUCCUUUAUGUGAUCAUUUACUACGGGUAUGAGAAUAUUUUAACAUUUUUCUAUCUCUUCCUCUGUAUGUAUCUCCUUUCUGUCUGUGAUUUCACAGAAUACAAGAGUAAAAAGAAAGAUCGAGAUUAUAAAAUGACUGAAAACUAUAUCAGAAUUCUGAUACUCACUUUUGUUUCAACUGUUUCAGAGUGGUUGGGGUUUUGAAAUGAUAAUUUACUACAUACAUAAUUUCUAAAAUCAUGAACAUUGAAAGACAACAACAGACAGCAGCUGUAAAGUACCAUUCUGUUAUUCUCGCUGUCUAUUCAAUUAAACUGAUGUGUUUACAUCUUAAGCAUUUAUUUCUGUUUGGCAUAGAAUAUGCAAAAAUACUCAACAAUAUGAUGAAUUUUUAAAAUAAAAAGGUCCCUGUUCCAAAUUUAUAUUCUGACACUGAUGUUGUCUGCAUGCAGCAAGAAUAAUUACAAAUACCUCUAAAAUGGCUCUUUCAGUUCAUGUCAAAUCAAAUUGACUGUAAAGAUCUCUGAUGGAAGACACUGUUAGACUGUUUAGUUGUGACUUCUUAGUUGUUCACUGAUAAGGAAAAGUUAAUAUACUUUGAAAUAGACUUUGAACAUGAACCAUACAAGUGUCCUUUAUAGCGAUAUGAUAGUGUCAAUGUUUUCACAUCUACCUUCUCUUUAGAUAAUGGAGGAAAUUAACUCACUUGAGUGCACAGAAAUUCAGUCACAGCCUGCUGUCCCUUUGUCUCCAACUAUCCAUGAUGUUCCCACACUGAGAGAUGGGGAGUGUUACCAUGUCUUCAUCAGCUACAGCAGCACUGACUACCAGUGGACCCACUUCUUGACCGAGCAGCUGGAGUCCUUCGGCUUACAGGUCUGCUACCAUGAGCGGGACUUCAUUCCAGGCCGCACCGUGUUGGAGAACAUGUCUGACUGCAUCCAGGAGAGCCAGAAGGUCCUGCUGGUUCUCAGUUCAGAGUUUGUGAGGAGCCGCUGGUGUCUCCUGGAGGCCAACAUGUCUCUGUUCAGGGACUGUCUGGAGAGGAAGCCCAUCGUCCCAGUGCUGCUGGAGCCAGGAGUCUCUAUUCCUCUCCACCUCUGCCACCUCACCUACCUGGAGGCCGACGACCCCGACUUUAAGAAUAAGCUGCUCAAGGUGCUCUGCACCCCAAACCAGCAGCUUCAAGGCUCCACUGUGGUCCCCUUCCAGCCUCCCUCUAUCUACAAUGGGAAGGCCCUGCAGCCUUUGACUGCUGUCAAUGAUGAUGAACUCUACAAAUGGGAUUGUGGUCAGUUCAGUGACAUGGAGGUGCCAGAUCAACUGCGCCUGGUCAUUGAGGACCACAACAAGUACAGAGAGGCUGUGAGGAUCAUCAACAGUGUCUCUGAAAACAAAGUUUGGCUGCGCCCUCUCUGGUUUAGAGUACUGAUCUACAUUGCCGGUGUAAUAUUUUUUUUACUCUUAGUAUACUUUUCUACAUGCUUUUCGGAGAUAAUCAGUUUAAAUGAUUUUUUGGCCCCAAAACUUAAUACCUUUGGAAAAAGUGUGCUCAGUAUAACUCUGCUAUUCUGUGCUCCAGUGGGGUUUAUUAUUCAGCUUGGUCUCUGGAAGAUGGAUGAUGAGAAGUAUAUUCUGAGGGAGAUGCAGAAAGCUAUAGGUCAAGCAAACAUGUUGCUCUCUGAGGAGAAGGUGUUAAUGGGAAGUCGGUCCAAUUCAAAACUCUAUCUGGUGUAUGUUUGUCUGGACGACUGCAAACAGGAGUUUGCAGAAACAUUUUCUGAGCAGGUUGUUGCAGAGGAAAUGUUUCAAAGAGCUCUGAUGUUUUUCUCAUCAGGUUACACCUGCUGCCUUGCUAAAAGAGACUUUCCCUUUCCCCUGCCCAGCUCCUCUGGUCACCUGGAGGGAGGAGUGUGUUUCUGUCAGUAUGUCUCCCAGCAGCUGAGUAAAGAGAAAUGGGAAUAGCAGAAACAUGAUGGACCUGAAAAGCCACACUUUGUUUUUUUUCUUCUUUUCUUUUUAAACCUGUUUAUGUCAUUUACUUUCCCAUUAAUUCUGUUCUAGUUCCCUUCCAUUGUUCCUGCAUAAAAGAUUUGGAACAUUUGAUCACCACCAGCAGGUUUGACAUUUUGUAGAGAUAUUCAUGUAUAAGGCCUCUGGCAGAAUAUGUCACAGCAGCUGAUCAGAGGAGAGUUUCAAUACAGCGGCAAAACGGCUCCUCGUUACCUAAACUCUCUCAUCCUGGUACACACUUAUGCUGCAUUCAUGUGGUGUUGGACACAUUGGAAAAACGAAAAUUUACAUGAACACCUGCUGAAGUCAGAAACAACUAGUCGGGAACUUGGAAAAUAAUUAGGUGCCCGACUUCCCGACUUGAUGUCAGAAUCAUCAUCAAAUGGGGGCAAAAUAUGUUUUGUUAAUGUUAACAUUCUUUUUAUUAAUUCAUGUAAUGCACAUAAACUUUUUGCUCAAAUAUAACUUUUAACAGGAACAUUUCACUGAUCUUCUUCAUACCAUCAACGCUUUUUGGUGCUAUUGUUACAACAUUCCGACUUUCCGAACUGAAAUCACAUGAACACACUGAAGUCGGAAGAACGACUUCCCAACUAGUUAAUCCCACCCUCUAUGCUCUGCCAAUGAAAGGCACCAUGUCUAACCUUCACAACAGGUCCCUAAAUCCUAGAUUCCUCUCCUUUGUAGUCCCCCAGUGGUGGAAUAAAUUACUCAACUCUAUUUGAUUUGCAGAGUCCCUUUGAACCUUUAAGAAAAAGACCCAGCUCUUUCAUGUAAACCUGCGCACUUAAUGAUUGUGAUUGGUCUGAUGAAGAUAUUGAUGACAAAAAUGAGGACAUUGAUGACAACAAAUAUGUCUUUCGGAUGUUGUUGAUGCUGAUUAGAAUUCUCAUGAGAAGCUAUCGAUGUUGUUGAUGUUGAUGAUAAUACGUAUAUAAUUUUUUAAACAUGCUUUGUCUCUGUGCACUGCCUCUGAGCACCUGCGUCUGUUUCAAACAUAAAGCUGUUUGUUUGCUCUCACUGACAUUGUUUCCUCCUCUCUAGGUCCUAGCGUGUGUUGUCCACACUCCUUGAUAUAAGUUGCUUGUGACAAAGAUGUCUGCUAAAUGAAUUGUAGAGUUGUAGGAAAAUUAUUGGACAAUAAAAAACUAUUAACUUUCAAACCUAUUUAGGUUUGUUUUUAAUCUCAUAUAACCAAAUUCCAAAUUCUGUAGCACUUUAAAAUAGAUUCACCAAAGCCCUACUACAUUAAGCAGUCAAUGUGUUUUCUUUUUUUUUUUAAACUUUAAAUCACCCGAUCAAUGUUUUCUUCUUAUCUCAUCUGACGUUGAUUUUGUACAAUCGACUGAGAGCUAUAAAGGCACAGUUACUUCAUUCAUAUUUGAAGCCUUUUAAACAUCAGAACUGACGCUGUCCCUUUAAGAAACCUGAGACAAGAGCAGCGAGGUUGUUUUCCAGUUUCUGUUUCCUGUUUUAACUUUCGGUCGUUGCUCAACCACUCGUGUGUGUGCCUGUAAUAACAUUGUGAUGGACAGGUAUUAGUUCUACAUUGCUAUGCACUAUAUGAUGUUUUGUGUGUGUGCCAUUCAUUCUUUAAAAAAAAGAGCAAUUCUUCACCUUUUCUGUUUUCUUUUCAAGCCACAUCAAGUUAAGCUUGGAAGCUGACCUGUAGCUGUUCUAUUUCUUUUAUCAGUUGACAUAAAUAUUUUCAUCUGUUAUGUACAUAUUUAAUUUAUUUUUGCUGUUAUGACUUCCAUGGCCCUUCAUAACUUAUAAUAACUUGUAUUUUCCUGAUACAACUACGAUUAUCCUCUUUAUAAACCAUUAGUCCUCUUGCUUUGUAAAAAGUUGAGCACUUCAUUCUCUGAGUUUAGCUUACUCUGCAUUGGUGAUGUGACAUAGUACUUGUUUUAUUAUGAAUUUUAUUAAAACUGUGAGUUAAUUGUGAA